UCUUCUUUUGCUGCCAAGGAAAAACUGAUUUCAUCAAGUAAAAUCAAAAUGUUCAAACCAUUAGUUCUCUUCUUGCUCCUACAUAUUAUGAUCCACCUAUUAUCAUCAUCAUCAGCUGAAUCAUCCACAAUCGAACAGGGUAAACCCGGUUGUGAAUCUAAAUGCGGAAACAUCACCAUCCCAUACCCAUUCGGUGCUAAUGACGAUUGCUCCUAUUUCAACGAUGCUGCUGGGAAGUUAUUUUACGUCCACUGUAAUAAAUCUUACGAACCUCCUAAGGCCUUCCUUGGAGUUAAUGAGGAGAAGAUCGAGAUUCUAAGUAUAUCAGACACUGAAUUUCGCAUUAAAAACACCGCCAUAGCUGCCAGAUGUUACGAUGAUCAAACAGGCAAGUUAGUGUUAGACAAUCCUUUUUUCAAUUUGGAUUUCAAGAGUACUCCGUUCACAAUCUCCUACAACAAAAACAUGUUUGUUGGCAUUGGAUGCGACUUAAUGGCGACUGCAAAUAACCACUCCAGAGAUUGUACCUCGGUUUGCGAUACUAAAGCAGAUAUUAUAGAAGGGUCUUGUAAGGACAACUAUGGCGGUGGUUGCUGUCAGGACAGCUUACCAAAGGGUUUGAACAUAUUUGACGGAGAGGUAAAGAAAUAUUAUGGAGGAGGUUCUCCUUUUCAGUCUUUCAGUCAGUGCAGAUUCGCGUUCUUGGUUGAAAAAGGACAGUACACAUUCAAGGGAUCGGAUCUUCAACUAGAUGGACGCCUUACUAAACCUGACACUGUCUUACCACUGCUGCUUGAUUGGUCUAUAGCAGAGCAUACUUGUAAUGAUGCACAAGGGAGAUUAGAUAAUUAUGCAUGCAAAAAUAAUACUGUCUGCCUUGAUGUACCGGAUACUUCUGGAUAUCGUUGUGCUUGUGUUAAAGGUUACGAAGGGAAUCCUUAUCUUGGAUGCAAAGAUAUCAAUGAAUGUGACAACAACCCCUGUUAUGGAACAUGUACCAAUACAAUUGGAGGCUACAACUGUUCUGCUUGUCCAGAAGGGAGUACCGGUGAUGGCAGAAAAAAUGGGAGCAGUUGCACCACCAUCAACAAAGCGUUACCAACAAAUAAUGGAUUUCCAGUAAUCAGGGUUGCACUUGGUCUUAGUUUAGGAUUAUUGUCUGUAAUUUUUUGCUGCUUAUUCUUCUACUUAUGUAUAAAGAAGUGAAAGAUACUUAAACUCAAAGAAAAAUUCUUUCAACAAAAUGGUGGAUUACUGUUAAGACAACAAUUACCUUCACGC